CGCUCUGAUCACACUCUCAAUAUUAAGUUCUUGAAAAAUAGACGUUCUCGCGUUUUCGCUCCCGCUUCACGAACUGGUUACCUAAGGAAGAAGCAAAGACGGGCUUGGCUGGCGCCAAUGGUGGCCAAAAAUACCAACGUGCUAUCGACCACUAAGAGCCAUUAAGAUAUAAACAAAUUGAUGAUUAAUUUAAGGUUUCAAAAUGAAGAACUAAUGUCGGGUCAGUCAGACGUUUAUAGUUCGAGAACUUUGGUUGGUCAAUGAUGGAGAGACCAAACAUAAAUUAACAAUUCAUGGAUAGAUUUCAGUGCCUACUCAAUCGAACACUUAACACAUAGUAUAAUGGUUAAUUGUAUGGUUGGUCACUGAAAUUACAAAAAAAGUUCAAGUUUAGUCACUCAAAAUAUUUAAAAUCAUUGGUGGUACUUCAGUUUACUGAAACCGUUCACAUUUGGUCACUCUCCGUCCAACUCCGUUAACUUUUGCUUAUAUGGCGGUCAACUCUAAAAGUUGAUCGUUAAAUGUGUGACGUGGCAAUUUAAAAUUAAUAAAAUUAAUUUUUUUAAAUUGCCAUCUCAUUUCCACCUCAUAUAAUUUGUAUUUAAAAUAAAUAAAAAAAACCCUAAUUUCUUCUAUGGUGGGUAUUAGACGACGAGAAUAACACGGCGGUCCUGCUGAGCAGGGAGCUGCAAUCGAUCAAAUCUAGCAAGAGGAAAUCGGACUACGUUGUGACACCGAUCCUGAAAGCUAGCUUGGAAGGGAUUUGGGCAAAGAUGAUGGAGUCGGGGAAAACAUGGUUCUUUUUCAACCAGUACGGUGGAGCGAUGGAAGAGGUGCCGGCGGUGGAGACGGAGUUUCCUCAUCGUGCAGGGAAUCUUUACAAAAUUCAGUACUCGAUUGGGUGGAAGGAGCCUGGGGUGGAGGCCGAGGAGAAGUAUCUGGGAGAUAUUCAGAGUCGAUGUCCAAACCGACUCUCCUACUGAUGCACUUUCACCUACUUUACAAUCUGCCUCGCGUACUGCCUCGGACUUCUGAUCUCUUCCUCCGGCUUCAAUUCUCUCUCGUUCAACCGAGCUUUGAUGCGCGAGAUCACGAGCUUCUCGCUGGGCGUCAUGUUAUGCGUCGGACUUCCUCACCGACGAAAUUCGUGGCACACCACCGCCCAAUUCGUGGCAGUCGAAACUUCUACGGUGGUGGCUGUAGUGGGUGCUCUGUUGUUGUCUUCCCUGCUGGUGGUGGUGUUGCUGGGGACGCAAUUGAGAGAGCUUUCCGUUGAUAUACAACGUGGUGGCAGAGGAUGCAGACGUGCGGUGGUCAAUAAUCCUACGACGCCAGUCCAGAAAAUUAACGGCGGGGUAUGCUGUCGGUGGGGUUUGGUGUUGGGGAUCAGAAGAAAUUAGGAUUUUUAUUUUUUUUAAAUAAAAGUGAUAUGAGGUGGAAAUGAGAUGGCCAUUUAAAAAAAUAAUUUUAUUAAUUUUAAAUUAUCACGUCACACAUUUAACGUUCAACUUUUAGAGUUGACCGUCACGUAAGCGAAAGUUAACGGAGUUGGACGGAGAGUGACCAAACGUGAACGGUUUCAGUAAACUAAAGUACCACAAAUGGAUUUAAAUAUUUCGAGUGACCAAACUUAAACGUUUUUUGUAAUCUCGGUGACCAACCAUGCAAUUAACCCCAUAGUAUACUAUAAAAUGUGACUGAUUAUAUUCCACGACCAAAGUGAUUUAGAUUUAAGAUCAAAUGAGAGCGCAAAUGAUUAUACCUUCAUCGUUUAAGGGUUAUAGAUUGUUCGUAGUUAUGGCAAUAGGGCAGGCGGGGCGGGUACUUCAAUACAGGGGCGGAGCUAGGAUUUCGAGGCCCGGGGAUCAAAAAUAAUUAACAAAAUGUAAGUGGCCAAGGUGAAUUGAACCUGUGUGCUUUAAGACAUAAGUCAAGCUUCGCCACCAUUCAACCACAUGAUUAUUAUACAACAAAUUUUACAGAACAAGUUCUACUCAUAAAAAUUGUACUAAAUAUUGUUACGAUCCCAAAGACUGGCCAAUCCGCGGCGGGGUGGGGGGGGGGGGGGGGGGGGGGGGGGGCACCCUAUGUUAAUGUAGCUCUGCCCCUACCACAAUACCCAUGCUCCUGCGAGUCGGGGUUAGUAAUAUAUGCACGACUACGGGCAGGUCGAGUCGACACACUCUUAUAUGGUGUUUGAAAAAAAUUAACGUAAAAUUAUACUUUUUAUGAUAAAAUGAAGGGGAAAAUACUUUAUGAAUGAAAAUAGUGAUAAUAAAAUGGGUAAUUGAGUCUAACUCGUUGAAAUAUCGAGUCUAGUUAGUUGAAGAAAAGCCAAAAUAGGAUGAGCAAUGGUUGCACUGUCUUGAAAUAAAGACAAAGAAGUCAAAGGGUCUUGCUCGAAUUCUAAAACAUCCUCCUUAGCCGAUCACUCACUAUCAACUGCUUAAUCAAAAUAUAAAUAGAUACUAUACGAAAUUGAUAUAGAAUAAGCAAAAAAAUGGGACAAGUCGGGUCGGGAGUAGAUACAUAUGUCCCGCUCCCAUGCUACUGUGGGUCGAGUAAUACUAAUACUCGUUUCAUUACGGUUCAGAUCGAGUAAUACUCACGGUGCGGAUUCAAAUUGUCAUCACUAAUUAUCCUGUUGGACCAUUUACAAAUAAAAUAACAUUAUUAUUUAUUUACUCUUGAAAUGUGCAAUGUAUCGUCGAUCUACCAAUAUUUUUUUGUCAAUAGUAUGGUAUAUAAAACUUUAUUGAUGUGAAUCGCUAUUCGUCGCCCUAAAAUUUGAAUUUUAUCGCACUAAAACGUACCAAAAUGACACAUACACCCCUGACCCCAAUUCAAACCUAAACUUAGCCUACCCAAAACCCUCCCGUCGGCAUACCCACCUCCCUCACGCCGCCUACCCCCAAUCCCUCCCACCGCCGCUAACCCACCUCCUUCGCAGUGAUCAGUGGCAGAGGCAGGCCCUUUGGCCUUGUCCCUGGACAGGGGUAAAUUUUGGUGGAAAAAAAUAUGCCAUAUAUAUUUAUAUUUGUGAUGGAACACAACACCGAUAGGUAGUAUUAGAGUACUUUGUCACUACAACACAACUUAUUAUUUGUCCAAACUUGACAGAAAAUUAAUUAUUAUAUUAUAAACGAAAUUCCAAUUGCAAUAAAGACCUAAUCAGGUC